AGCAACGAAAAACCUCAACCGUAAUGCUUUGACGGCUUCAGACAAACAAACAAACUGUACUUCCAGUCCAUAUAAAAUGUUUACACCCCCAACGUCAGUCUUAUUGUGAACAUUAAUAAGGUAAUGUUUGACUCCAAAUUCUAGGUUUUAAGGUUUUCCUUGUACCUUACUGAGUUGAGGGGAGCGUACCUCAACAGGCAGCCCCGGCGAGUCGAGCGCCUAUUACGCAACAGAGGAGCUACAAGAUGGCGCAAGCAAUAUUUGAAGUGCUUGAAGGCAUGGACAACCAGACAGUGUUGGCGGUCCAGUCUCUACUGGAUGGCCAAGGUGGAGUUCCUGACCCAAACAACCAGAAUGUCUCUGGGACAUCCGCUAUCCAGUCUAUGGACGACGAGGAUGUGUUCCUGUGUGGGAAGUGUAAGAAACAGUUCAAUACUCUGCCAGCCUUCAUGACACACAAGAGGGAGCAGUGCGCAUCUAGCGUCCCCUCCCUGUCCACAGUGUCCUUGGCCUCCACCAAUGGCUACACAUCGGUCCCCUCAAUAAGCUCUUCACCACAGACUCCUGCCAACAGACAGGUAUCCACCUACAUCACAGUCCCUCCCUCCCCUUUGACACACACUCUGGUCCAAGGCAACGUGCUGGUCAGUGACGAUGUCCUUAUGUCGGCUAUCUCAGCCUUCAGCUCCAUCGACCAGCCUAUGGCCACGAUGCAGACGCCUAUACAGAGUAACCUGAGCAUGCACACAGCUGGUGUAUCUUACCUGCAACCGGCCCACCCUCUGCCAGCUGGACAGCCCACCCAGCAGCCGCUCUCCUCACAGGUCCCAGUGAGCCACAGCAACUCAGUAGUCCAGGUUUACAGCACACUGCCCCAUAUGGCUGGGGGUGGUGGUGCAGAGAUCCACAUGUUGGGUCUGCACCCUUUCCAUUCUGUACAAGUGCCCAGUCAGUGUGUGGAGAGCCAGUCAUUCAACACCCCUCCUGUCUACAGCCCCGGGAAGCAGUGCACCAAAACAAAGACCUGCAGCAUCACCACCAAUCUGACUGAGCUGGGCGACUUUGAAAAGGUUAUCAUUCCCAAACGAUCAAGGAGUAGCAAAAAAAGCUCUGAUGGAGCCGCAGCAGAGCAGCUGAAGGGGAAAGUUCCAAAGCUGAAGUGUAAUUUCUGUGACAAAAUCUUCUCGAAAAACUUUGAUCUUCAGCAGCACAUUCGAAGUCACACAGGAGAGAAACCAUUUCAGUGCAUCGUCUGUGGCCGAGCUUUUGCCCAAAAGUCCAACGUGAAGAAACACAUGCAGACACACAAGGUAUGGCCUAUGGGCGUGGCCAGCACAGUGUCCAGAUUACCAAUCACAGUAAAGGUGGUACCAGUGUCAUCCAAUGAGGGGGAGGGAGGCGGGGAGCAGCAGCAACAGCGGCAGCAGGGUGAACCAGAGGAGGAGGGGUCACAGCAGCAGAACUGUCAAACACAAACAGAAGAGGGAGUUCAAACAGAAGCUCCAGGAGAGUUGGAGGAGAGCGCGCCUGAGGCUGAUCCGGAGGGCAGCCGAGGGGAAGCUGAGCAGAACGGGCUCCCUCAGCUACAGUCCAACCAGGACCAACAGUGCCAAGCUCCGAGCCAACAGAUAGUUGUAAUAGACAGCUCCUACCAGUGCCAGUUCUGCGCCAGCAAGUUUAAGACCUACUUCCAGCUCAAGUCUCACAUGACCCAGCACAAAGGGGAGCAGGUUUACAAGUGUGUGUUGAAGUCCUGCUCCCAGACCUUCCAGAAGUUGGAUCAGUUCCUGGAGCAUAUCAGGACUCACCAGGAGCAGCUGACCUACCGCUGCCACCUCUGCAACAAGGUGUUCCCAUCACUGUUUGAACUGGGAGUCCACCAGUACUCCCACUGCUUCUGCCCACAGCAGAGCACACACAAGGAAACCACCAUUUACAGGUGUGUGAAGUGUCAAAGCCGAUAUUCUACCCAGGAGGCAUUGGAACAACAUCUGCUGACUGCCACGCACAACUUUCCCUGCCCACACUGUCAAAAGGUUUUCCCGUGUGAAAGGUACUUCAGACGCCACCUCCCCACUCAUGGCGUUGGAGGGAGGUUCAAGUGUCAGAUCUGCAAGAAAGCCUUCAAGACAGAGCACUACCUCAAACUGCACACACGUAUUCACUCAGGUGAAAAGCCGUACAAAUGUUCCCUCUGUGAGGCGACGUUCAACAGGAAGGACAAAGUGAAGCGACACAUGCUCAUCCAUGAACCCUUCAAGAAAUACAAGUGUCCCUUUAGGACACAUGUAGGCUGCACCAAAGAAUUCAACAGACCAGACAAACUCAAGGCCCACAUUCUGUCACAUUCUGGUAUCAAACCCUACAAGUGUCUUCUUUGCCAGAAGGCGUUCAGCCGCAGGGCCCACAUGCUCGAGCAUCAGCAGUCUCACACAGAUAACUACCGCUUCAGAUGCUCCGCCUGCAACAAGGGAUUCACCAGACAGAGCUAUUACAGAGAUCACAAAUGUCCCGCGGCAGGGAACGGGACAGGACGUGAAGGAGGGACUGGAGAGGCAGAGGGCGACCAGGUGGCGGGAGUGCCCAUGGCAGAGGAGAAGGAUGGAGGGGAGGACGGGAGAAGAAGCAGAAGAAGAAGAAGGUUCUUGAGUAAAGAAAAAAGGCCAGGGGGAGAUGACGAAGAGAAUGAUGACAGCUCAAAGGACAGCCAAGAGCAGGUGGAAACACACGGGGAGGAGGAAGAAGAGGAGGAGGGAGAGGAGGAGGAGAUGGGAGAAGAGGAG